AUGAUGCUGGAAAUGCAGCCUGUGCGGGCGAGCUUGCAGGUCGCACCUCUUGCAAUCACGAAGAGUCGCUCUGGGUCCGUGAGCGAGGAUGAUGCAGCUGUCAAUGCUUCUGCAAGCAUCUACUCUCAAUCGCAGAUAACGCCACCUUCAACGCCAAAUGAGUCACAAGAAGAUCUCGUUUCGCAGUCGCCGCAGCCACCACACACAAUAUUCCAUAACUAUCUUCGAGCAUUCUAUCCAUUUCAGCCUGCCUGUACGGUAACCGACUCGACCAUCACUUUACCGCUCAACGAAGGCGAUGUAGUGCUAGUGCACUCGAUCCAUACCAAUGGCUGGGCUGACGGAACUCUACUGGCAACGGGUGCGAGGGGCUGGUUACCUACGAACUACUGUGAGGGUUACGAUCCUGAAGAAAUGAGGAAUCUAUUGAAAGCGCUGUUGAAUUUCUGGGACCUUCUUAGGAGCACGGUCACGGACGAUCAAGAUAUCUUUGAGAACCAAGAGUUCAUGAAAGGCAUCAUCGCCGGAGUGCGGUAUCUACUUGAACGCACGCACUGCUUGACUCGUGAAACGCCGACCAUCCAGAGGAGUGAAAGUCUCAGACGGGGGCGAAAGAGUUUACUCUCCGAAUUGUCUCUGCUGGUAAAAACUGCAAAGCGCUUACAAGGGAUGCUUAGGUUCUCAGCGCAGUUUUCCGACCAAGCCAAUGAUGUUAUCGAUGAGAUGAUAUUAAGAGCAUUCAAGGUGGUUGUCAGGGGCGUGCGGUUUCUCGAUCUUUUGGAAGAGGAUCGACGUACCCGAGCGCCAGCAGUGACAGUCAUGGCCACUGUUAUGGAGGAGUCAUUCGUUCCACCAACACCGCCCGCGGAAACAACAAGCUUUGGACAAGAAGCAGAGGAGAAUAGUAACCCCGACUGUCGAAUGACUGCAAUCGACACGCCAACCGAGUCAUCAGCUGAAGCAAUGCAGGCUAGCGAACUAACACCACAGCGUUUGUCGUGCAUCCAAUCUCCGACAAACUUACCAGGCAACCGGGUCUCUCAAAGAACCAUGCAGGCUCCUAAUCGACUGUCUGCUAGCAUAACACAUCGGAUAUCCUUUGCUGGCCGCUCACCAUCGACACAAUCACAUAAUUUGGUUUCAGAACAACUCAACUCAUGUCAUGACGCCUUUUUAUCACAUCUCAGCUCCUUGAUUGGUCGUUUACGCCUCCAGUCACUUUCACGAUCGGAAUUCGCCUUGGCCAUCAGGCUCUCCACAACAUCGGGCGGGGCUCUCUGGGCUGUGGUUAAUGUUGUGUGCGACCACAACACCAUCAUCCCGGAAUCUCUAGAAACCGCCCGUACAACCAUGUUCGACCAUAUUCGUGAUUUAGUGUCGUCUGCACGAGACAUCUUGACGACCUGUGAUGUCGAGACCGAACACAUUGUCAUGCCUCAAGACGACGCGCUCCAACAUGCGGCUAUCCACUGCGUCAAGACGGCUGGUGAGUGCGUUGCAAGGACAAAAUGGGUCCUUGAGAAGAUCGGGGAUUUUGAGUUCGAAAUCGAAGAGGCUGAUCUAGGCCUUGACCUGAGCUUGUUUGAAAUGGCGUCCCAGACUCGCCCUCACACACCAGAGAACACAAGUGUUGUAGAAUCGAAGAAAUCGCCCACUUCCCCGGUAUCCACUUCGCUGUUGUUAUCAAUGGACAAACCGCUACCUGAAAUACCACCUAUAGCCGAGACAGAGACAAUUGAAACAGUAGGCAGGGCUGAGGCAACCUCUCUGUUAUCCCGAACACAGUCAGUCAGUGUAGAUGCAAGUCCGUCAACCAGCGUAUCCUCAGCGCCGUUAUCACGGCCGCUAGUACAACCUCUACCAAAACUCAGCACCGCCCUUGUUUCAGAAGACUCAUACAGCCCGAUAGAAGUAUCACAUGAUAUUGAAUUACAUGGAUCUUUCAGGUCCGAUACUGGGACAGCAAUAAGUUCGGGAACUAGCAGUUCGUAUCUCAGCCGCGAUUUUGAGUCCAGUGUCGUAUCCCAAACAUCCACACGCGCCACCACUCCUGACAGCGCUCAAGCACCCAGGACUCAGCCCUCAUUGUCCGAUAUUAGCACCACAGGCAGUACGGCUCUCACCGAAGAAGUGGAAGAAGUGGAAUCUAAGUUACUUGAGAAGACAUAUGUCCAUGAGCUCAUGUUUAACAAGGACGGCCAGGUUGUUGGGGGGACACUACAAGCACUUGUGGAGCGCCUUACAACACACGAAACAACGCCUGAUGCGAUGUUUGUAUCUGCAUUCUAUCUUACUUUCCGCCUAUUCUGCACACCGACCAGAUUAGUUGAGGUUCUAAUUGAGCGCUUUGACUAUAUCAGCGAAUCCCCUGCUAUCGCAAGCCCUGUUCAACUACGAGUCUAUAAUGUGCUCAAGGGUUGGCUGGAGUCUCACUGGCGAGAGCCAACAGAUGGGGAGGCUCUCCCCUUGAUUGCCCAUUUCGCUGAGUACAAAUUAGGACUCGUUAUUCCUUCAGCGGGUAAACGUCUGGCAGAGUUGGUUCAGCGUGUCUCUUCUACGGAAAACUUGACAUUGUCUCGCCUCGCUUCAUCAGUAGCCAAACAGAAUGCCUUGUCAGCUCCUUUCGUGUCUUCCGAUCUUGGUUUGCCAGCUUCUAUUCUUUCAAAGAGUCAACAAGGCCUUCUUACGAAUUGGAAAAUAGGUGGCAGCUUACCAUCGAUCCUUGAUUUUGACCCUCUUGAGCUCGCUCGCCAGAUCACUCUAAAGCAAAUGUCUAUAUUUUCUUCCAUCAAGCCCGACGAGCUUCUCGGGUCGCAGUGGAUGAAAAAUGGCGGCGUUGAAUCGCCUAAUGUUAAGGCUAUGUCCGGAUUAUCUAACGAUCUCUCUAACUUGGUUGCGGAUACAAUUCUUCAAUACUCCGAAGUCAAGAAACGUGCUGCCAUGAUCAAGCAGUGGAUCAAAAUUGCCAACCAGUGCCUCGAGUUGAAUAACUACGACGGAUUGAUGGCUAUUGUUUGCAGUCUUAAUAGCUCGAUCAUUAGUCGCUUGCGAAAGACUUGGGACAUUAUAAGUCCCAAACGUCGGGAGUUGUUUAAGACACUACAGGCCAUUGUCGAGCCAGCAAACAAUCACAGGGUACUUCGAGCACGCCUUCAAGGUCAUGUGCCUCCUUGUCUCCCCUUUCUAGGCAUGUUUCUCACAGAUCUUACCUUUGUCGAUAUCGGCAAUCCAGCUACAAAGCAACAUCCAGGUAUUGGUCCUCAGGGCCAAGGAAUGACCGUCAUCAAUUUUGAUAAGCAUAGUCGAACAGCGAAGAUCAUUGGCGAUCUGCAACGAUUCCAGCUACCCUACAGGAUGACUGAGAUUCCGGAUAUGCAGGAAUGGCUCCAAGCCCAGAUUGUCCGCAUGAAGGAGCUGGAUCAGAGUAACGUUCAGGUUAGCUAUUAUAGAAAAAGUCUUCUUCUUGAGCCAAGAGAGACUGCAUUGCGGACUCCAGUUGAAGGACCAACACCGUCAACUCAAACUAGCGCGAAAGCAGAUCUUUUCGGUUGGAUAUCUCGAGAUCGACAUAACAACAAUACCGCCGUCGCGAUAUAA